AUGCUCCGCGACGGAGUCACUGGGGACUGGAUUGGUACUUUCAUGGGCCACAAGGGCGCAGUGUGGCAGGCUCGCCUUUCAUCAGACGCUACAAUAGCAGCAACUGCAGCGGCUGAUUUCUCUGCCAAAGUUUGGGACACCCACACGGGGGAGUGCUUACACACUCUCCAGCAUGGACAUAUCGUCCGUGCCGUCGCCUUCCCUAUUCAAGCUAACCCCCAGAUUCUCGCAACUGGCGGAAUGGAGAAGAAACUUCGUAUCUUUGAUCUCUCGCAAAGCGGGUCCAGUAGCUCUUCGCCUCCCAUAUCGCCACCCCACGGCUCUAAUGGAGUUGAUGGGGUGAAUAGCAGAUCAGCGGCAACGACGCCCACGACAAGCUUUGAAAUUGGCCCUGGCAUCCACGGUGGCACUAUCAAGUCGAUCAUUUGGAACCAAGAUUACAAUAUCAUCACGACAGCCUGUGAAGAUCGAAAAAUCAGAUGGUGGGAUCUGCGCUCGCGCCUUCCCUUCGUUGAGCAUACCGUUGAUGGUACGAUUGGGAGCUGCGAGCUCAACGCGCUGGCCACGGAGUCGGCCGGGCCGGGAAUCUUGAGUGUUGCUGCGGGAAAGUCUGUCUAUUUUUUUAACGGGGCUCAGCCUGGUUGCUUGUUGAAGAAAGUGGACUUUGAUUACGAGGUUGCGAGUGUUGCUGUCAAUAACAAGUCUGGGAGAUUUGUGACGGGUUCUAUGGGAGACACGUGGGCACGAGUGUACGACUUAGAAUCGGAUGAGGAGCUUGAAGUUCAGAAAGGUCACCAUGGACCGAUAUGGUCUGUAAGUUACUCUCCGGAUGGGAAGGUGUAUGGAACGGGCAGCGAAGACGGUACCAUUAAGCUAUGGAAGGCUUGCAGAGAACCGUAUGGACUAUGGAGAUAA